UUUUUUCUUUGUUUCAGCAACUGCUUUCUUUCUCAUCGGUUCAGUUUAUACCAAGCUAACUGGCUACAGCUUAGGGCUGGCUUGUGGCCGGGCUGUCUGAACCAUGAAUAGCUUCAAGGGUGCCAUCCUGUUCUGGGCAGUGGCAGCAUGGGCUAAAACGGGCGAGGUCUUGGCAGAGAUAGAAGAGGUUGGAUUUCAAAAAUGCAAGAAUGCCUUAAAACUGCCUGUUCUGGAAGCUUUACCUGGAGGGGGCUGGGAUAAUUUGCGGAAUGUGGACAUGGGAGGGGUGAUGGACUUGACUUACACCAACUGCAGGACCACAGAGGAUGGACAGUACAUCAUCCCCGAUGAAAUCGUAACCAUUCCCCAGAAACAGAGCAACCUGGAGAUGAACUCAGAAAUCCUGGAAUCCUGGAUGAAUUACCAGAGCAGCACCUCCUACUCCAUCAACACGGAGCUCUCCCUUUUUUCCAAAGUCAAUGGCAAGUUCUCUCCUGAGUUCCAGAGGAUGAAGACCCUUCAAGUGAAGGACCAGGCUGUAACCACUCAGGUUCAGGUAAGAAACCUGAUCUACACAGUCAAGAUCAACCCUAUUUCAAAACUGAACUGGGGAUUUAAGAAGUUGCUCAUGGACAUCUCUGACCGUCUGGAGAACAACCAGACCCGGAUGGCCACCUACUUGGCAGAGCUCCUGGUCCUCAACUUUGGUACACACGUCAUCACCAGUGUGGACGCUGGGGCUGCUCUCAUUCAGGAGGACCACAUCAGGUCCUCCUUCUUAGAGAACAGUCAGAUCAGCCGUAGCGCUGUGACUGCAUCUGCUGCAGGUGUUUUCCUCAAUGUCGUGAACUUCAGAUUUGAAGAGAACUACACAUCACAGGAUGUCUUCACCAAGAGCUACCUCUCAAACCGAACCAACUCCAGGGUGCGAAGCAUUGGAGGGGUUCCUUUUUACCCAGGCAUCACCCUGCAGGCCUGGCAGCAGGGCAUCACCAACCACCUGGUGGCCAUAGAUCGUGCUGGCCUGCCUCUGCAUUUCUUCAUCAACCCCGACAUGCUGCCUGACUUGCCAGGGCCCUUGGUGAAGAAGUUGUCUAAGACGGUGGAAAGUGCCGUGAGGCGCUACUACACGUUCAACACCUACCCUGGGUGCACAGAUCUUAAUUCUCCCAACUUCAAUUUUCAGGCCAACACUGAUGAUAGCUCUUGUGAAGGGAAGAUGACCAACUUUUCCUUUGGCGGCGUUUUUCAAGACUGCACCCAGCUCUCGGGGAACGAGGCUGUCCAACUCUGCCAAAAGUUGGAGCAGAAGAAUCCACUCACUGGCGAGUUCUCCUGCCCCUCUGGCUACUCCCCAGUCCACCUGCUCUCUCAGAUCCACGAGGAGGGUUACAACGGGCUGGAGUGUCAACGGAAGUGCACCCUCCUCGUCUUCUGCAAGACGGUGUGUGAAGAUGUGUUCCGAGUGGCAAAGGCUGAAUUUAGGGCUUUCUGGUGUGCGGCCAGUGGCCAAGCACCAGAAAACUCAGGAUUGCUUUUUGGGGGCCUCUUCAGCGGUAAGAGCAUUAACCCUUUGACAAAUGCACAGUCAUGCCCAGCUGGCUAUGUUCCAUUGAGACUCUUUGAAAGCCUCAGGGUAUGUGCCUCUCAGGACUAUGAGUUGGGAUACAGGUUUUCAGUCCCCUUUGGUGGGUUCUUUAGUUGUGCAGUCGGGAACCCCUUGGUGGAUUCUGCCAUAUCCAAGGAUUUGGGGGCACCUGCUCUGAAAAAGUGUCCUGGGGGCUUCAGCCAACACCUAGCCCUCAUCAGCGAUGGGUGCCUAGUGUCUUACUGUGUCAAGUCUGGGCUCUUUACAGGAGGGUCUCUGCCCCCCGUCAGGCUCCCGCCUUUUACCCGGCCUCCCCUCAUGAGUCAGGCUGCCACCAACACUGUCAUAGUGACUAAUACUGAGACUUCAAGCUCCUGGAUUAAAGACCCCCAGACCAAUCAGUGGAGGCUGGGGGAGCCAUUAGAGCUACGCAGAGCCAUGAAGGUCAUCCAUGGGAACGACAGUGGUCUCUCGGGAGGAGCAGCUGCUGGGGUUACAGUGGGGGUCACCACCGUCCUGGCAGUUGCCAUCACCCUGGUCAUCUAUGGUGCCCGGAAGUACAAGAAGAGGGAAUACCAGGCAAUCGAGGACGAAAGGAAGAGUUUCGCUUCAAGCACUGAAGAGGCUAGAGACACCCCUGCCCAAGAGCAGGAGCAGAGUCCAGCCUAAAUCUCUCCCGGGAAACUGUUUCAUUUCCGAGCUGAGCUUCAAGCAUGUCUUUCAUUCCCUCUCUCCACUUCUGCCUUCUUAACGACUGAAGUGGCAAGUGCUACAAAAAGCAGGUAUAACUUUGUAACUUCUUUAGGUCUCUGGGCCGGGAAAUUAAUAGUGACAAGGACAGUUUGGGAGCAGUUGUGACUUUCUAAGCAAAAGUCAUCCUGGGGACUAAAACAUAAAGGGGGUAUCUUUUCUUGAUGUGCACUAUGAAUUAGCUUCACCUGAAUGUAUACGUGUAAAAAGAGAGGAGGGAGAAUGUUGACAUAUGAAUUUGGAAAUGAUGUAUUUAAUCUGAGGUUGGCCAUGGUUUCCAAUUCAUGGGCUAUAAGAAUUUAUGCUUUUAAGUGUUAGCCUCCCACUGUUUUGCUUUUUAAAAGCUGUCUGGAUCUACCUCCUGCUCCUGGAGGCGACAGAGCCCCCAGGAGACACAGGAAGUCCUGCUUGGCCACAGCUUUUCAGCUUUGAGAGCUCUGUGUCAAUGGGCUGUGUCCUCUUCUCUGGGUCAUCUCAGCAUCAUCUGAACAGACAAAUAUUGCUUAUACCUAGCCCAUGUUUUCCAACUUCCCCACAAUUUAAGACUUACUUAGACCAGACCACUCUUGGACUUUGGACUAGUGUCGUAAAGUCCUCAGAAGAUAUUUUAACUUAUACGCAUCUAUUAGGAUGUCAAGGGAGAAGGGAUAGUUUGUAGAAAAGGAGUAAGUGAAGAAAGGGUAAGAACUGGGAAAGAGUCUGGUGUUCAGGGGAAAUUGGAAUUCUUACCUACAGCCAACUACCUGGCUUUUCCCUCUUAGCUCGUCGUAAAUGAGGCAAAGAAAGGAGUGUAGAUUUGGGUUGAACAAGCAUUACAGUUUCCUGUCUGUUACCAAAGUGCAACCCUUUCCUCUUCCAUGAGUGGCCCUUAGUCUUUCUGACUCCCAUCACAUGCACAUACACCCCCAAACACACACACACACAUACACACACACACACAGAGACACACACACACACACACAUGCACACAGCACAUUCCAACAAGAAAUCCUCAUUUUUUCUGGGGGUGGGAGACAAGGGAAAAACCAUGAAGUCAAAGUAAGCCCACACCUAAAUUUUUCAUCCUCCCUAAAAACAAAACAGAGUAGACAUCAAUGAUGUACCCUACCUUGAUUUUUAUUCCAGCAGAAAGGGGUCUGCCAUGAUAAAAUCCAUGUUUUUAAAUGAAAUGAAAGGGCAUCCACCACCAUUUGUGACAUAUGUCUUUCCGUUCCAAGCUGACUUCCCUGGGGCACCUAAGAGGAUGCAUGAUUGUCCCCUGGCAGUUGGGGCUCUGCCCAGUUUUAAUACCACUCUCACCUAAUUGUAAUUAUCAGGGUGAAUCUUUUAAUGUUCCUCCACAACGUUUAAAAAGGUUAUAUAUUUCUUCACCAAAUCGAGUGUCAUUUGUGAGUGAUCUGUGAAGGAUCAUUUGUCCUCUCCUCAUUAACAUUCACAACCAAGAGCUUAGGUUUACAAAAGGUCCUUCUUCUGAGGAGCUUGGAGCGUCCCAACCUGUGGGAAGAUGGGAAGAAGCUUCUUUCACCUUCUACUGUGACACAGAGAAGAGGCACGAAUCACAGAAUUGGCCCUGUUCUCCUGACUGCCCAACCAAGGACACAGAUUUCUACAACUUCUUUAGUUAACCCCGCCCCUUAAGCAUUAAAAUGUUCUCCUAAA